ACUUUUUCCUUCUUCGUUCUCUUAGAUAAAGAACCUGUUAAAACAAAAAAACAAAAAAAACAACAUUAGGAUGCACUUCGGCUUCUAUUGCACCUCCUGUUUGGUUGUCUUAUUCUAAUGUUUCUUUGCAAAGACAACUUGACAAACACUUUAUCAGGCACAAGAUAAAUGCUGUAACGUAGCCUAAAAUGUUUUUACAUUUUUGGGGACUUGGUUGAUAUUCUGAAAAUGAAUCAAUUAUUGGUACAAUUUUCCACUGGUUGAUAUUUUUUUGUAUGUUAUGGGAUGUUUCUAAGAUUGUGACCAACAUCUUUGGCACUUUAGUAUUUAGUAACUCAUAUUUAUCUGAGCCCUGUGUUUGGUUUGACAGGAGCACUUCACUAAUCAUUUGCGUGUGGUUUUGAUUUUUUGCUGAUGGAGGCUGUAAUAUUUCUGUUCUUUUUAAAAUUGUUUAUCUUUCAACGAACCACAAAGGAGAAGAUGAACGGCACCUCGCUUAACGAGUCCUUCAAGUGUGAAAAGGACAAUCGUGUGACAGCAGUGGUGUUCCCAUGCCUGUACAGUAUCCUUUUCAUCGUGGCUCUUGUUCUGAAUUCUAUGGCUGCGUGGGUCUUCUUUAAGAUCCCAAACAACUCGACAUUUGUGGUCUAUCUGAAGAAUGUGGUUGUGGCCGAUUUGCUGAUGACCCUGACCAUUCCGGUGAAGAUCUUGAGUGACGCAGGAGUGGGGCAGCUGCGUACUUUUUACUGCCGAUACUCUGCUGUUCUCUUCUACAUCACCAUGUACAUCAGCAUCCUGCUGCUGGGCCUCAUCAGUCUGGACCGCUACCUAAAAAUCGUCAGGCCCUUUGGGAAGUGUGUCCUCCAGCGGGUUUGUGUUGGCCAGCUGCUGUGUGCAGCUGUUUGGGUGCUGAUGCUGUGUUUGGCACUCCCCAACGUCAUUCUCAGUAAUAAGGAGCCACGUAUCUUGGGAAACAAACUCAAGUGCUCCUCCAUGAAGAGCGAAGCUGGCCUAUAUUGGCAUGAAAGAUUCAACUACUUCUGUCAGGUUGUCUUUUUUGGGACACUUGCCUUGAUGGUGGUUUGCUACACCUUCAUCAGCAAGAAGGUGUAUGAGUCGUACAAAGCCUCAAAGAGCAAGUCCCAAGCAGCCCGUCGCAGAACCAAAGCAAAAGUCUUUGUAGUGGUGGGGGUGUUUGUCAUCUGCUUUGCCCCUUUUCAUAUGGCCCGCGUACCAUAUACUCUGACUCAAACCAGGGACCUGAGGAUUGAUUGUCAUGCAAAGAAUGCACUAUACAUUGCAAAGGAAACCACCCUGUGGCUGUCUGCCACCAAUGUCUGCUUGGAUCCACUUAUUUACGUUUUCUUGUGCAAGGUGUUCCGGAAAAGACUGACAAAUACAAUCUGUAAAGCCACCUUGGAAUCUCCAACAGCAACGUCGACACAGAUGCAGAUGUUACCAAUCAACCACACUUCUACACUGUCACACAACGGAGUAUCACAGUUACCAUCUGAACACAGUGAAUAACUGUACAUGACUGAGCUUGAUUAGCAUGAUAGACUGUUUGCUGUAAACAAAGUUUGUAAGUCUUGUAAAAAUUCCAAAAAUAAAAAAUGAGCUCAUUGGAUUUAGAGGAAUUUAGAGGAUGAAAGAAAAAGGGAAAGCAUUCUGCAGUUGUCGUUCCUUUUCAUGAUUUCUAUUUUGGUUCCGAGGAAGUGCUUUUGUCCACUGUUUGUUAACUCAUCAAAACACGUUUCCUUGAUUUGCUUACUGUCAAUUUGAACAUCCUGCCCUCUAAUCUUGUACAAUAUGCGUUUCUCCUUUGCAAGACUUUGGGUACAGAGUGACCAUCUUGACACAAGCAAUUUCCCUCUGAUUACCUCUGACUGACGGGAAAUGACUAAGCAAAGAAACACAAGGCUGCAAGUGAAGCUGUUGAAACGUCUGUAAAUAUUUAAAUAUUUUUAAAUGUAUUUUUACCAUUGUUAAUAAUAAGUUCUAUUUUCCUUCUCCAGCUAAAAUUGUAUUAUAGUAAUUUUCAGAUUUUAAAUUUGCUCUCAUUUUAAUAAAUAGUCAUUACUAAACAUUUAGAGUGGUUUUACAUUUGUAUGCAGGGGAACCACAUAAAUCAGACUGGAAGUUUAAAUCAAAUGUAAGACAAAAAGAAAGUGAAAAAAUAAACAUGAAAGCAAAAAA